AUGGCUGCUCUUACUGACUCUCCAUUCCUCUCUCUAGCGGCCUCGCCCGUCGUCGAUACCAAAGCACCUGCCGCCGUCACCGUUGAAGAAACCGCAGACUCAACAUCUAGCAGUAUCGGCGUCGAGUCAGAACAGGGGCAAGUGAAGCCAAACCCCGAAAUCGGCCCAUAUGGCCCGAGUGAUCAGAACUACAAGUACUUCACGCCCUUCAUCUCCGAACGACCUGUCGACGAGGCCCGCCCCCUUAAGGUCAUUUAUAUUGGCGCCGGCAUCUCGGGGAUUCUGGCUGCGAUCAAGUUCCGCCAGGCGGUGCCGAAUCUGGAUCUUACAAUAUAUGAGAAGAAUAGCGAGCUUGGAGGGACUUGGUUUGAGAAUAAGUAUCCCGGCUGUGCUUGCGACGUCCCCUCACACGGAUACCAACUCAGUUUCGAAUCUUGGACUGGCUGGAGUCACUUCUUCUCCGGGGCUGAGGAGAUCCUUGAGUACUGGAAGCGCAUUGCACAUAAAUACGGAGUGCGAAAGCAUAUCCAGUUCAACAGCAGGUGUCUGGGCGCACGCUGGAAUGGAUCACUAGGGAAAUGGUUUGUCCAGAUCAUGGAAGAAGGACCCUCAGGCAAACGGGUCUUUGAGGACUCUGCUGAUGUCUUUAUUACCGGGACGGGGCUGCUGAAUGAGUGGAAGUGGCCGGCCAUUCCUGGCAUUGAGCGCUUCGGUGGGAAGUUGCUGCACAGCGCUUGUUGGGAUGAAAGUUAUGAUAUGACGGGAAAGCAAAUUGCCGUCAUAGGGGCGGGCAGCAGCGGCAUCCAGAUCGUGCCAGCCCUGGUGGACAAAGUCAAGCGCAUGGACCACUACGUCCGAGGCAAGACCUGGAUAUCCAGCCAACACGGCGGAGAGCGUCUCUCAACACGAACCGACGGGAAGGGCGGAAACUUCGCGUAUAGAGAGGAAGAAAAACAAGCAUGGCGUAGCGAUACCGCUUCCUAUAUGGAGUAUCGCAAGGAACUCGAGCUCGAGAUGCAGACCCUAUACGCCAAAUCACAACGCGACAGUGACCUUCAGAAUUCUGCCCGCGCUCAAUACCAGGCAGAUAUGCAGCGUCGGCUACGAGACAAGCCUGAGCUUUUGAAGGAGUUGCUACCUGAAUUUCCACCCCUGUGCAAGCGCCUCACACCAGGACCAGGGUAUCUCGAAGCCCUGACCUCGCCCAAAGUCAACGUCAUCACCAACCGCAUUAUAGCAAUCGACGAGACAGGCGUGACGACCUCAUGCGGCACGUACCGUCCCGUCGACGCAAUCGUCUGCGCAACCGGAUUCCACAUCGGAUCUGGAUUCCCCAUAAUCGGGCGGAACGGUGUCAACCUGCGCGACAAAUACAGCGAGCGCCCAGAAUCCUAUCUCGGUCUUGCGACGGACGGAUUCCCGAAUUUCUUCCAGUCCCUGGGUCCGAAUUCCUUCCAGGGCGCGGGGAAUCUGCUUAUCAUGCUCGAGCAGAUCCAUGGGUAUUUCGCGCAGGUUGUCGCGCGCAUGGCGUGUGAUAAUAUUGGCAUUGUGGAGCCGAAGCGUGCGCAGGUGCUGAACUUCACGAGAUACUGCGAGAAGUACUUUGAAAGGACGGUGUAUAGUGCCGACUGUGCGAGCUGGUAUAAACUGGCUACGCCCGGGCAGUCUCUUGAGGAUAGGAAGAAGGCUCGGGUGACGGCGUUGUGGCCGGGGAGUAGUCUGCAUUGUCUCAGGGCCUUGGAGAAGGUCCGCUGGGAGGACUAUGAGUUGAAGCCCUAUGAUGGUAAUGAGUUUGGAUGGUUUGGGAAUGGUUGGGCUGUUGCUGAGAGGCUGGGGCAGCUGGAUGUCCCCGCGAUUACAUCGUAUCUUGGGCAGACAGGGUUUGUGGAUGAUGUUAAUCCAAGAGAGUCUGAGGUAUCCAAGGGACAGAAAGAUGGUGCCACUCAAGGUAUUACAGGGUAA